AAAGACUUCGAGGAUUUACGAUGAAGUUGAGUAAUACAGACCCGUGUAAUAGAGCAGGAUUGACAUCAGCUACAUCAUGUUAUACAGAUACUUCACAACAAAACCACGCAGUGUAUAACAUAACAGAAUGUAACCAAACAUCAUCAACAUCUUUAUCUGGUAGAUUUGUUUUUAUUCAAAGUCGACCAAAUCAACCUCUUACACUGUGUGAAGUACAAGUAUUUAAAGGUGGUUGUCCAGAUGGUAAUUAUGGCGAAGACUGUGAGAAUCAAUGUUAUAUUAACUGUAAAGAUAGAUUGUGUAAUUCAACAACUGGUAAUUGUAUUACAUGUAUACAGGGUUAUUAUGGUACAACAUGUCAACAGAGAUGUACAGUAACUAACUGUAUAGGUAACUGUAACAUAAAUACAGGAGAGUGUUUUGAAUGUAAACCAGGUUUCUAUGGUACAACAUGUCAAUAUAGAUGUAGUAAUGGUUGUACAAACAAUAACUGUAAUAAAGAUAAUGGUACCUGUACAUGUAAAUCAGGUUUUACUGGAGAUAAAUGUGAGAAUUGUCAACAAGGUAAAUAUGGUGAUGACUGUCAGCAGAACUGUAGUACUGGAUGUGUAGAUCAUACCUGUUCUAAAUCAGACGGAACUUGUCCUGUCUGUACGUCUGGUUGGUUUGAUGUAAGAUGUAAUUCAUCAUGUGAUAUAACAAACUGUGUAGGCAACUGUAACAAGACUACAGGACAAUGUAACAGUUGUAAUAAUGGAUGGUACGGUAAAAACUGUCAACAGGGCUGUAGUGAGGGCUGUUUAAAUAAUAACUGUUCUAAAUCAGACGCAACUUGUCCUGUCUGUACGGCUGGUUGGUUUGAUGUAAGAUGUAAUUCAUCAUGUGAUAUAACUAACUGUUUAGGCAACUGUAACCAGAGUACAGGACAAUGUAGAGCAUGUUAUCCAGGUUGGUACGGUCAAAACUGUAAAAGUCAGUGUAAUGAAGGUUGCUUAUAUAACACAUGCAUUAAAUUAGAUGGGUCUUGCUCUGUUUGUACAGCCGGUUGGUAUGGUACAAACUGUGCAUCUAAAUGUUCAAGUAAUUGUAUUAGAGCGUGUGAUAAACCUAACGGCACUUGUACUGAUUGUAGACCUAAUACAGUAGGUCCAUAUUGUAAUUCAACAUGUGGUAGUGGAUGUCAACCAAUCCCAGGUAAUAUAACAUGUAAUAGAAAUGGUAGAUGUACCAGUUGUAUUAUGGGAAGAUAUGGUGAUAGAUGUGAUAAUAAUUGUAAUAUUACAUGUAAUGGUGGAUGUGAUAGAUAUAAUGGUACAUGUAUUAAUGGAUGUAUUAAAGGUAAAAGUGGGCAAUAUUGUGAUAAGAACUGUAAUAAUAAUUGUAUUCAUUGUAAACAAGAUGAUAAUAACUCUUGUACUGAAUGUAAAAAUGGAAGAUGGGGAACAUCGUGUAAUGAAAGUUGUAGUUUUAACUGUAAUACACCGGAUGAUUCUGCUAUCAGCUUAUGUGAUCAGAUGACAGGAAGUUGUUCGGAUGGAUGUCAAACCGGAAAGACAGGAAGUGACUGUUCCCAAGAUAAACCUGAAAAGAGUAGAUCGAGUAUAAGCCCUGUGGUUGAUGGUAUUAUAGGAGCUUUGUUUGGAAUAGCAGUCACAGUGCUGAUUGGUAUUAUCGGCUUCUGUUAUUACAUCAAAAGAAGGCCUCCACCUAAACCAGCUAGAGAAACACCUGGUUAUAGAUAUAAUAAUCGUCCAGAUACCUACGUCAGUCCAGUUGUUACGGAAGAAAACACUUACGAUACAUUAGAACAAGCUUCAAAUGACCACGGUGGUGUAGCUGAUCCUUAUUAUAAGACAUUGGAACACGUCUCUGCAUAUGUAAAUAUUGGAAGGGAAUAAAAGAGGUGUCAACGAUAUCUUUAUUAACAUUUUACUUGUGCUUAUGCACCUUUGUUUCUAUCCGUAUAUUACAAUUUUCAAAAAUGAUGGAAAUCAAACAAAUUAAUUUUGUACUUUUUGUCCACCACUACAAAACAGCUAACAGCUAUUAUUACAAGAUUUAUGUGGCAUAUAAAUGAUAAUGGUAAAAUAAUGCGAAAUUGUCCUCAUGCGUCUAUGCACAAAUGUAAUGAAAGCUGUGCUUAUAAUAGAUAGAUUAAUCAUUACUAUACAUUUUCUAUCAUCAAUAUUUGCAGCGUGAGGUGACGCCUUUGUGCACAUUAUUAUAAAAAUAUUAAUUGGCUAUG